AUGGCCCAGCCUACCAGAUCCCCAGGGCAGCCCUGCCAGCCCAGCUCAGGCUGGCCCGGCUUGGCCUCACAUGCACCAUGAAGUACCCUCUGGUGCCGCUGGUGAACGACCUCACGUUCUCUUUCCUGGUGUUCUGGCUCGGCCUGCCCGUGGCCUUGCUGUUGUUCUUAUUGAUCGUCUGGUUUCGCUUCUUACUUAGCCAAGAUUCAGAGGAAAAUGAGUCGGAUUUGUGCUUUGACUGGGAGCCAUGGAGCAAAGGCCCAGCCGAGUGGGACAGUACACUCCAGAGCCAAGAGGAGGAGAGGCCCGGCCAGUGAGCCUGUUCUGCCAGACCCAACCUGCCAGUUGCUCCCAGCUUGGUUUUCCUGGAGUCCGCUGGGCAGUGGCAAUGGCCAAAGUGGAUGGGAGAGACUCGCCAAGGAGGGGAGAGGACUUCAGCGACUGAGGCACUUUUCUGGGACGCCCACCUCGUUCCCUCCAAAGUCUCCGGAGGACCCCCAGGUCUCGGGGAAGAGCCCGCAGCUGUGAAGACGGUAUAAGCAGUCACACGGGGAAGUUAGCCAAAUGAAUUGAGAAGAGGUCCUCGGGCAGGGCUGGGCCUGAGCGUGUGGGUCCAUAUUAAAGGCAACAGGGGCUGCCUGAGCUCAGGAGACCCUGAUGCGUGUUCUGGGCCUGACCAAGUCCAUUCAUUCACAAGCUGUGGGGCCUGGGCCUCCCUGGCCCCGACCUGGGCCUCCUGACCCCAUUUGGGAACCCGGACCCUCCUUCCCGUCUGUUCAAAGGGCUGGGGGGAUCUUGCUCUGAACCUCCAUUGUCUCAUUUCAGACUCACUCCUCAGUUAGCCUUCAGGCUGAUUUUAACAACGUUGAAUCGCAAUGGUGGAGUUGGGAUGUGAACCUGAGCCCUGCGGCUCCAGAGCUGGCCCUGGCACACUGGGCCGAUGGUUCACCAGGUUGGAUUGUUGGGGGCAGUCAUGGGGAGGCACUUGGAAGAAAUCCCAAUCUGUCCUUGUACCCCCACCAGCCCCCCAGAGGCAGCAGAGUGGGUGGGCUGUAGAGGGGACAGGCCUUCCCGAGUCUCACCUUUGUCCCCUCUUUCCCUCUCGUCACACAUUCCAUCAGCCACCGCAAGCAGAAAGAAGGGAGCCUGAAUUAUUGGCUGGUCUCCCGGAGUUGGGUCUCCCCUGCUCUGCCCUUGCUGCCCGUUAGUCUGAACAAUCCAUCCAAAGCACAGAUCCAGACACGCCAUCGUCUCCCUGUGUAGGGCCCUCUGAAGCUCCCUACGGCUCUGGGCUAGAGCCAGGUUCCUGGUGUGGUGGGGAGCCGCCCUUUGGGAUCUGAGCCACCGCAUUUGCUGGGUGAGGUUUCUGUGCUCACCAGCAAGGCUGCCGUGAAUGCCCUUGAACUUCUAUCUUUGCACACAAGUGUGCUGCUGUCUGAAAGGAGGAUAAAUUCGGAAAGGAGGACUUGUUGAAUAUAAUAUCUGUGCCUUUACAGUUUGCAGAUACUGCGAAGUUGUCUUACCAAAAGGUGGCACCGAAAGUGUGUACAAAAGUGCCUGUUUCUCCUGGCCUCUGGCCCAUGAACACCCCCUAAAUCAGUGGUCGCCAACCGGUUGUCCACGGACCACUGGUGGUCCCUGAGGUCUGAAAGGUUGGCGAUCGCUGCCCUAAAUAACACCCUUACACACACCCACACUCACCACACUCACACACUCACACACACACACUCAUACACACUCUCACACACACACACUCACACACACACACCCCUCUCUCUACACACGCUUUGUUCUGGCUGUGUUCUGGCUGAUGAGCUUUGUCGCUGUUUUGCUGGGAGCUUUCCUGGUGUUGAAUAAACACUUUUGAUAACAAACCUC